AUGAUGUUAUCAGCUUCGCCAAAUUCCUUAGCGAGGAGUUCGCUGGAAGAGAUGCUUGAUUCUCUUCGCCGGAAAGAUGAGGAGGAGAAGCCGAAGGACUUGCCUCCGGCAUUGCCGUCUCGGCCGACGUCGAGAGCUCGGCUUCCGUCAGCAAGAAGGUCAUUGCCUAAUAGCUUCAAGAUUGUUGAUGGUGAUCCUUUCCUGAAUGGAGAAGAGACCAAGAGGAAAGACAAGGAAAUGGGGCACAAGAGGAAAGGUAGUUUUGGGGGCAAGAAGAUUAAGUUGGAUGUUGAAUCUCCUUACAUAGUCAAAUCAGAAGAGAAAAUGAGUGAACAAUUAUCAUCACAAAGUCCAGUUUCAACAUCUAAUGAUGAUACUACUGCUUCUGUUGCUCCUCCAUCAGGGGAAUUGGAGGAUGACAACAUUGGUUAUUUCAUCAAAAAGAAACUUCAUGUUUGGUGUAGGCAACCAAGAGGGAAGUGGGGACUGGGAAAGAUACAGUCAACUUCAGGAGAGGAAGCAUCUGUUUCACUUUCAAAUGGAAAUGUUAUGAAAGUGGCCAGAUCAGAGCUCCUACCAGCUAAUCCUGAUAUUUUGGAGGGUGUGGAUGAUCUUAUACAGCUCAGUUAUUUAAAUGAGCCCUCAGUUCUUCACAAUCUUCAUUUUAGAUAUUCUCAGGAUACGAUUUAUAGUAAAGCAGGGCCAGUUUUAAUUGCACUCAAUCCUUUCAAAGAUGUCCAGAUUUAUGGAAAUGAUUACCUCUCAGCUUAUAAGCAGAAAUCUAUUGACAGUCCUCAUGUUUAUGCUAUGGCAGAUGCAGCUUAUAAUGAGAUGAUAAGAGAUGAAGUAAAUCAGUCUAUUAUCAUAAGUGGCGAGAGUGGAUCUGGGAAGACAGAAACAGCAAAAAUUGCUAUGCAAUACUUAGCUGCUCUUGGUGGGGGUAGUUGUGGGAUAGAAAACGAAGUUCUUCAGACAAAUUUUAUACUAGAAGCUUUUGGGAAUGCAAAAACAUCUAGGAAUGACAACUCUAGCAGAUUUGGGAAGUUGAUUGAAAUUCAUUUCAGCACAAUAGGGAAAAUUUGUGGGGCUAAAAUUCAAACCUUUCUGUUAGAAAAGUCAAGAGUUGUUCAACUGGCCAGUGGCGAGAGAUCUUAUCAUAUAUUUUAUCAACUUUGUGCUGGAGCUUCACCUGAUCUUAAAGAGAGACUGAAUCUUAGAGUGGCCAGUGAAUAUAAAUAUCUUAAUCAGAGUGACUGCAUGACAAUUGAUGGUGUUGAAGAUGCUAAAAAGUUUCAUAGGCUGAUGAAAGCAUUAGAUGUUGUUCAAAUGAGCAAAGAGGAUCAAGAGCUGGUCUUUAAGAUGCUUGCUGCAAUAUUAUGGCUCGGAAAUAUAUCAUUCCAAGUCACUGACAAUGAAAAUCACAUUGAAGUGAUGAACGAUGAAGCUGUAACCAGAGCUGUUUUGCUGAUGGGUUGCAGUUCCCAGGAGUUAAUGGCAGCAUUAUCUACCCAUAAAAUCCAAGCUGGCAAGGAUACUAUUGCCAAAACGUUGACAUUGCAGCAGGCAAUUGAUACAAGAGAUGCAUUAGCAAAAUUUAUCUAUGCAAGCUUGUUUGACUGGCUUGUAGAACAAGUUAAUAAGUCACUUGAAGUAGGUAAACGACGUACAGGGAGAUCCAUAAGUAUCGUUGAUAUUUAUGGGUUUGAGUCAUUCCAGAAAAACAGCUUUGAACAGUUGUGUAUAAAUUAUGCCAAUGAGAGGCUUCAACAACAUUUCAAUCGGCAUCUGUUUAAACUUGAGCAGGAGGAGUACGAAUUAGAUGGUGUUGAUUGGACCAAAGUAGAUUUUGAGGACAAUCAAGAGUGUUUGGAUCUCUUUGAGAAGAAGCCUCUGGGGCUACUCUCUUUGUUGGAUGAGGAAUCACAUUUCCCCCGGGCCACUGAUCUAACAUUUGCCAACAAAAUUAGGCAGCACCUUUACGCUAGUCCUUGCUUUAAAGGGGACAGAGGCAAGGCUUUCAGUGUUCAUCAUUAUGCAGGGGAGGUUUUGUAUGAUACAAACGGCUUUCUAGAAAAGAACAGAGAUGCACUGCCAUCUGAUUCCAUUCAACUACUGUCAUCAUGUAGUUGUGAACUACUGCAGUUGUUCUCCAAAAUGAUUAACCAGUCUCAGAAGCAAUCAAAUUCCCUCCACAUAGGUACUCAUGACUCACAAAAGCAGAGUGUUGGCACAAAGUUCAAGGGUCAAUUGUUCAAGUUGAUGCAUCAGUUGGAGAGCACCACACCUCACUUUAUUCGCUGUAUAAAGCCAAAUACUAAGCAACUUCCUGGAAUAUUUGACGAAGAUCUUGUCCUACAACAGCUUAUGUGUUGUGGAGUUUUGGAGGUUGUAAGGAUUUCAAGGGCUGGAUAUCCUACUCGAAUGACGCAUCAAGAGUUUGCUGGAAGGUAUGGGUUUUUGCUUGAUGAGGCCAACGCAACUCAGGAUCCAUUGAGCAUCUCAGUCGCUGUUCUGCAACAAUUUAAUAUACCACCUGAAAUGUACCAAGUUGGCUACACCAAACUGUAUCUUCGAACUGGGCAGAUUGGUGCAUUGGAGGAUAGGAGGAAACUGAUUUUGAAGGGAAUACUUGGGGUUCAAAAAUCCUUUCGUGGUCAUCAAGCUCGUAGUUAUUACCAUGAACUAAAGAAUGGAGCGACAACUUUACAAUCAUUUGUUCGUGGAGAAAUUGCGAGAAGGAAAUAUGGUAUUAUGAUGAAGUCUUCUAUAACUAUUUCUACUGAAAAAAUUGAGGUGUUACAGGCAGUCAUAAUUCUACAAUCUGUGAUUCGUGGGUGGCUGGUUCGAAAGCGUGCUAGUGGCUUGAGUAAGUUAAAGAAAUAUCCUGAAAAUGCAAAAACUAAGCGAAAGUCACGUGAGAAGAUGUCAGAAGUGAAGGAUGUGUCCAAAGAGCGGGUCCAGAAUCUGCCUUCAGCUUUAGCAGAACUCCAACGGCGGGUUGUCAAGGCUGAAUCAACUAUAGAGCAAAAGGAAGAGGAAAAUGCUGAAUUGAGGGAACAACUAAAACAAUUUGAGAGAAGGUGGAUUGAAUAUGAGACAAAGAUGAAAUCAAUGGAGGAUAUGUGGCAAAAGCAGAUGGCAUCUUUGCAAAUGAGUCUUGCUGCUGCUAGAAAGAGCCUUGCUGAGAAUGGCAAUGGUCAACCAGUAAGAAAUGAUGUUAUGUCACCUUUCGGCUAUGAUUCCGAAGAUGCUACUUCCAUGGGAUCUCGAACACCUCGAACGCCGGGUGCGAGCACACCUUUGAAGUAUUCUACUAGUCUUUCUGAGGCUGGAGCAGGGAGAGAUGCUAAUGGAACUUUGAGUACAGUUAACAAUCUCAUGAAGGAAUUUGAGCAGCGCAGACAAACCUUUGAUGGGGAUGCCAGAGCUCUACUUGAGGUUAAAACAGGACAAUCUGUGAACACGAAUUCUGUUGAAGAACUUAGGAAACUCAAACAUAGGUUUCAGGGGUGGAAGAAAGAAUACAAGGUUAGAUUACGUGAGACAAAAGCAAGACUUCAAAAACUCGGUAAUUCUGAAGUGGAAAAAGGUCGGCGAAAAUGGUGGGGAAAAUUCAGUUCUAGAGCACUAUAACAUUCAGUUUUGGAUUAUUGUCUUUGCUAAAAGUGUAUAAAAGGUGAAGAUUAUGCAAAAAAUGGCAAAAUGGGUUGAUGUCAUAAACUGUGUCUGUCUUUUCCAGGAGAUGCUUCUUCUAUAUCCUACGGGAACACUUGAUGAGUGUUACUGUUGUACUACUUGGUGAAGGGAAGGAAAUUGUAUAUGUACCAAUUUUGUUGCAUGGUGGAAGUUGUGCAUAGUUGUAGACUUAUAGGGUUGCAUAGUUGUAUUGAGUAGUCUAGUUUGGUCAUGUAUAUUCUGUUGUUGCUAAUGUAAUGUAAAACACAGCCUCCGGGUAUA